CUCUCUUUAUACCAUUGGAAUCGGCAACCACACAUACACCAUCAUCAUCAUGAUUUAAAUCAGUGUGUUUAUUUGAAUUGAUAACGUCAACGCCAUCUCAUAAUCAUUCGAUAUUUAUGAUUUUUAUUUUUUUUUUUUUUUCUUUUUUUUAUCGUUCGUUCAUAUGGCUUUGGCCAUUCUAAUUGAUUUUGAAUCUUGUUGUUAAAUGUUGUUGUCGAAUGUUGGUCCGGGCGUUAAGAUGAUGAUCAUUGAUAAUUUGAAUCGAAUUUCAACACAAAUGCAACACAAUUUAAUGUUAUUAUUAUUGCUGGAAAUUUUUUUUUUCAUUUUCAUUGCAUUCAAUUACCACGCAUAGAAACCUUUGUACAAACAACAUUCAUCGAAUUUUUUUUUUUUUGAUUUUCGUUAUAAAAAUCGGAAGGUUUUUUAAGAAAAUACUCAGAUCAUUUAAGAUUAUUUCGACAUCCAGAUCGAAGAAACGAAAACUUUAUUAAUUCAACAAUCAUAAUGGUUUCCGAUGAAAUUAAUAAUAAUCAUAUUGAAAUCGACGCUUCAUUGAACAAUAGAUCGAUUAACAAUAAUAAUGGCCAACGUCAACGUGUUUGUAUUGUUGGCGUUGGAGCAGCUGGACUUUGUGCAUUACGACAUUUAAAUAUGCGAUCCGAUUGUUUUGAAUUGACUGCAUUCGAACAAGAUGAUAAUAUUGGUGGUACAUGGAAAUUUACUGAACAUGUUGGCAUGACACCGGAUGGGCUUCCGGUUCAUAGUUCAAUGUACAAGAAUCUACACACUAAUCUUCCAAUGGAAAUUAUGGGCUUUCCUGAUUUUCCACUUGAAACAAAUCAUUCAUAUGUUCAUCAUAGUGUCGUAUUGAAUUAUCUACAUAAAUAUGCUGAAACAUUCAAUCUUCAUCGUUUUAUUCAUUUUAAUCAUCGUAUCAUGUUCAUCUGUCGUGAGAAUGAUGAAUGGUUAGUGACAGCCAAAGAUAUUAAGAAACGUUAUGAAUUUACACAAAGUUUCGAUGUCAUAUUGAUUUGUACUGGUCGUUAUUCCGUACCACAUUGGCCUAAAUAUGAUACGAUGAAAAAAUUCAAAGGAAAACUGCUUCACAGUCAUGAUUAUCGUCAACCAGAAGAUUAUAUUGGCCAACGCAUAGCUGUCAUUGGUGGCGGUCUUUCAGGUGUAGAUAUCUCACAGGAAUGUUCUCAUCACUGUAAAGAAGUUAUAUUUGUUAACAAUGGAAAGAUGCGAUUUCAGAAUAUGUUUCCGAAUGUUCAACAAGUUGAUGUGAAAGUUGAAGAAUUCACCGAGAAUUCUAUAAUUGCUCGUGAUAAUGAUGGCAAUCGUAUUGAAUAUCAAGUGGAUACAAUUAUCAUGGCCACUGGUUAUGUUUAUAAUUUGAAAUUUGUUGAUCCGAAUGUUGGAAUCAAAGCGAAUCCAGAUGGUACCAUAGAUGGCUUAUAUCGUCAUCUUAUUAACAUUGAACAACCAUCAAUGGCUUUAUUUGCCGUUAGUAAUCGUGUUUUACCAUUACCAUUGUAUCAUCAACAGCUAUUGUAUUUAAUGAAAAUAUUGUUGGGUGAAUACAAGCUGCCCACAAAAAAGGCAAUGAUACUCGACACCGAGGAAGAUUAUCGUCAACGUUUGGCACGUGGUUUACGACCAAAAGAUCGUCACACAUUAGAAGUGGAAAUGAUGGAAAAAUAUGUGGAUAAAUUGGCCAAAGAAUCACAAACAAAACCAUUGCUAAAAGUUAUUAUUAAUUUACAUCGUGAUUUAUAUUCUGUUCGCAAGAUGGACAUAUCUAAUUACAAACGUUUUGAUUAUCGAUUGAUUUCCGAUGAUGAAUAUAUUGCCAUUGAUAAACAUACCGGUAUGUUAGCAUAUACCAGUCGGCAAGGAUUCCUUGAUUGGUAUUAUAAACAUCAUCCAAUCGGUUCAAAAAUGAAUCAAAUUGAAACGGAAAAAACAACCGCUAAUCAAUCAAAUAGUAUGGUUGAAAGUAAUGGACAUCCUUAAUUCAAAAACAUUUUUAAAAUUGGCAAUUAUUACAAUUUUGAAACAUUUUUUUUUUAAUUUUCACUCAUUUUUAC